AUGACAGACAACAUUUAUAAACUGUCGCUGGAGACAGGUGUGGCUGUCACUCGUAGAAGUGUCAGCAGUCACCUGUAUGCUGAAAGGGCUGCUCCGCGUUGCCGUGUUUCAGAAUCGUCCGCAAUGGAAGCAGUUAAGGACGUGACGGAGACAGUGACUGUGGACCUGGGUGCACUCCUGGACGCCGGGGACGACGCCACGGUGAUACUCCACGCAGGUGCCACGCGGCUGGUGGCGCACAGGGCCGUCCUGGCGGACAGGAGCCCCGUGUUGGCGGCCAUGUUCGCGCACGACACCCUCGAGACGAGCACCGGCGUGGUGAGGAUUGCCGAUGUGGGGGGCCCGGUGCUGAGGCAGCUGGUCUCCUACCUGUACACCCUGCGGGCCCCCCAGCUGCCCGGCACGGCCCCCCAGCUGCUGGCCGCAGCGGAUAAGUACGGGCUGUCGGGGCUGAAGGCGAAGUGUGAGAGGCAGGUGGCCGCUCAGCUGACUGUUGAGACCGCGGCAGCCGCAGCCGUCCUCGCAGUCCGCCACUCCUGCAGUGACCUCAAGCGCGCUGCACUGGCGUUCAUUAAGACCUGUCCAUUAGAGGUGUUGGCCACUCAGGGGUGGGCAGAUGCGAUGCGGAAGCAGCCGGAAGACUUGAUCGAAGUGAGCCGGUUGCUGUACGAUCCACCACCAAAAAGCAGGUGA